AGUAAUAAAAAGAAAACGGCAAGAUGAGUUUUAAAUUAGUGAUUAUUUUCAUUGUAUCAUUAUAUACUGCUAUUUUUGGAAAGAGCGUAAGAAUUAUCGGUGGCAAGGAUGCCAAUACAAAGGACUUCCCAUAUUCAGUGUCGCUUAGAGCGGCAACAACAAAAUAUCAUUUUUGUGGUGGCUCAAUAAUAUCCAGACUACAUAUUCUCACAGCUGCUCAUUGUCUUACUAAAUACGACUUGAAAGAUAUUCAAAUUUAUACAGGAAUCGUUAAAGAUGUGGAAAGUCCUGAAAAUAUUUUCAGUAUUAUAAGUUACAAAAGUGAUUCAAGGUUUACUGAAAAAUUUGUGAAAGAAUCAAUGUUACAACAUGACAUUGCGGUCGCCACGCUCGAUAAAUGUAUCGAAUUCAAUGAAUAUCAUAAUAAAGUAAAGCUUCCAACUAGCAACAUUGUAACUAAUGAACUAGUUCUACUGAAUGGAUGGGGAACAACUACAGUUAAUUCGCGGAAAUAUUCUCGUACAUUACAAAAAGCCAUUUUUAGAAUUAUAAACAAAGACCAGUGUGAGAAGAUGUUCGAAUUUCGUAUUCAUGAUGAACAAUUGUGUGCGUUUGCGGGUUUCGGAAAAGGAGCUUGCUUGGGUGAUAGCGGAUCAGGAUUAAUCUAUAAAGAAGAAAUCGUUGGUGUUGCAUCGUUUGUUAUUCCAUGUGCCACGGGAGUACCUGAUAUUUAUACUCGAGUCUAUUCUUACUUAGAUUUUAUUACAUCGAUAAUUGAUGAUAAAAAUUUAUCUUUUAAAUGUUCUAAUACAUAAAAUGCUGUGCUUUUGUAGUAAAC